GCUAUUGCUAUCAUCAUACCCGAAAUUGACGAACACAGAAACACGAAACACGAAACACAGCACUGUCAUAACAUCUGAUGCCCAAACUCCACACAUAUAACAUUCUGAUUCAGUUGCUCAAGUUUGGUACAAACAUCAAGAAGCAAUGAACAAGAAUCCUCAGACACCGCUCGUCUUCUGUACCAUCCUACUCUUAUUGAAGUCAUUACACGCAAACUCACACUCACACUCGCACACCGUUUGCAUAAUCGGCAGCGGAAUCGGCGGCGCCUCCGUCGCCCAUUUCCUACGCCGCUACUCCGACCCGCAGACAAUCGGCCAGAUCACAAUCUUCGAGCGACAUGGCGUCGUCGGAGGCCGCAUGGCAACCGUCACCAUUGCCGGCGAGACUUUCGAGUCCGGCGCCUCCAUUCUCCACCCCAAGAACUACCACGCCUUGAAUUACACCAAGUAUCUCAACCUCCGGGUGAAACAACCCAAGCACGCUGAUGAUUCUCUCUCUUUGGGUAUUUGGGAUGGCCAUAAGUUCGUUUACAAGACCCUGAAUUCGAGUUCCAAGCUGCCUAUUGUCCAGCGCUUCGUGGCCAUUGCUAAUUCGAUUGUGAUGUUGUUGAGAUACGGUGUCUUUUCUCUCUUGCGGAUGAGUAGCUUCGUUGAGGCAACAGUCAACAAGUUUUUGAGGUAUUAUGAAGGUUUUGAAUCCCGACCUGUGUUUGAGAGUGUGGAGGGGAUGCUUAAAUGGGCUGGACUAUACAAUCUGACGACAAGGACGUUAGGAGAGGAAUUGGUGAACGUGGGACUGUCUCCUAUACUCAUCCAAGAGCUUGUCACUGUCAUCACAAGAAUAAAUUAUGGUCAGAGUGUUAACAUAAGUGGACUUGCUGGUGCAGUUUCCUUGGCUGGAUCUGGAGGUGGUUUAUGGUCGGUUGAAGGAGGGAAUUGGCAGAUGGCCGCAGGAUUAAUCAACCGUUCAGAAGUUGUCUUGCACCUUCAUGAAGAAAUAGAAUCUAUCUCUUACCUGGGAGAUGUUUAUGAGCUGAACUCCACAAAGGGAAAAAGUUACAAUUGCCAAGUCGCUGUGGUGGCUACACCCUUGGACGAACUAAAUAUUCUUUUCAAUCCUGCAAUAUCACUACCUCCAAGAAAAUUACAGCAUACACAUGCAACUUUCGUUAGAGGCCUAUUAAAUCCUGCAUACUUUGGUCUGGGUUCAUUAUCGGAUAUCCCUGAACUGGUGGGCACCACAGAGACUGCCGAUGUACCAUUCUCAAGCAUCAGCAUUCUUAAGGAACAUGAGAAAGAUAUGACCUACAAGAUAUUCUCACGUGAACCUCUGGCAGACGCCUUACUGGAUGUCAUCUUCAGUGUGAGAGUGGAGACAAUCAAAAUCAACUGGGCUGCUUAUCCUCAUUACCAGGCCCCUGAGACAUACGCUCCCUUUAUUUUGGAUGGUAAUCAUCUAUACUAUGUCAAUGCUUUUGAGAACGCAGCUAGCACCAUGGAAACGAGUGCUGUUGCGGCGGAGAACAUAGCAAGGCUGAUCCUUUCAAGACUAUCCCAGCAAGUAUACUACAGCUCGACUAACUUGAAGAGCUUCAGCAGUGAUUCUUCCAGAUUACAUGUAGAAUUGUAAGUUGAAAUCUUGUUUUUGCUGCCCGUUGAGUUUACCUGCCAACUGAAAGUGUGAUGUAUCAAUGUGGAUGCGUACAUAAGGUGUGUAAUGAGAACUCAUGGUCGGAGAUAUUGUGUCCAAAGAAUGUCCAGAAUCUGGAAGAGUCACGCUGCAUAGAUACGAAUCUAGAUAGACUCCUUGGGAUAAUUUUGCACAAUCGUUUACCCAUGAGUCGUGAGGUUUGUAUGGUUGCAUUUCUGGUAUGAUUUAGCGUACUUGAGAAUCAAACUAUUGGCAUGCUUCAUGUAUUUCCAGGUUGUGAAAUAUGGACAGAUUGCGAAGAAAAUAAUUGUCAACCAAGCUAAACAUGGCUUGAUCUUUGGCUGAAAAA